CUCCAGCCCUGGGGCUCCCUGAUGUUACUAAACCCUUCACCUUGUUCGUAGAUGAACUCAGAGGCAUAGCAAAAGGGGUUCUAACUCAAGAUAUUGGCCCUUGGAAGAGACCUAUAGCCUAUCUUUCUAAAAGACUCGACCCAGUGGCAGGAGGGUGGCCUCCGUGCCUGAGAAUUUUGGCCGCUGUGGCAAUGCUACUCAAAGAGGCUAAAAAGCUCACUUUUGGACAAAAGAUUUCUGUGGUAACCUCCCACAGCCUAGAGACUCUUAUUAAAACCCCCCCAGAAAAAUGGCUUUCAAAUGCCAGAAUUCUACACUAUCAGGCCUUGCUUCUAGACCCAGAAUCAGUAGUUUUCAAGACCUCCUCAGCUCUAAACCCAGCCACUCUCAUGCCCGACGAUAACCCAGAAAACCAACAGAUGCCUCUCCAUGAGUGUGCUGACAUUCUCGAGUUACAGCAGAACUUGCGAGCUGAUCUAACCGACCAGCCUUUUAAGGACGCUUACAAUUAUUUCACCGACGGAAGCAGUUUCAUUCAGGACGGGAGGCGAGUGGCCGGCGCAGCAGUGACCACCGAGAAAGAGGUACUCUGGGCUAAGCAGUUAGAGCCUGGCACUUCUGCCCAAAAGGCAGAGCUCAUUGCUCUGACAGAGGCAUUAAAGCUAGCCUCAGGAAAGAGGGUAAACAUCUACACAGACAGCAGAUAUGCUUUUGCUACUGUACAUGUACAUGGAGCUAUUUACCAUGAACGCGGUCUCUUGACCUCGGCCGGGACUAAGAUUAAAAAUGCCCCACAGAUCCUAGACUUGCUAGCAGCUGUCUGGCUACCUCAGCAAGUCGCUAUUAUUCAUUGCAAGGCACACCAAGUGGGAGAUGACCCCAUCAUCAUAGGAAACAAUUUGGCCGAUCAGGCUGCCCGAAAAAUAGCAACCACAUCAGAGGGGCCUGCAGAGGAAAUGACUGCCCUGAUGCUAGUCCCUCAAGCCUUGUCAGAGCCUGUUUAUUCGAAGACAGAUUUACAGCUAGCAUCUCAACUUGGAGCCAAACCCCGCACUCCAGGGGGCUGGUAUCAGCUGCCCGACAAGCGAGUGCUGUUACCCGAAGCACUAGGACGAGAGCUUUUGCAGCAAGCUCAUCAGGCUACUCAUUUAGGAGGAACUAAACUAGCAGAAUUGUUCAGAGAUCGAUUUUUCAUUCCAAAGCUCUCCAAACUAACUGCCUCUCUGAGCUCUAGAUGUCCACAGUGUUUGUUGGUCAACCCAACCAGGAAACCUCCACUGGAAACCACCCGGUAUCGAGGAACCUCCCCAGGAGAACACUGGGAAGUGGACUUCACGGAUAUGUCCUUACAGAGUCUCCAGCCUGUACUGACCUCAAUUCACCGGCUGUUCAGACAAAAACAUCCGAACCCCCCCUUGGGAACGCUGCCCCAAGCGUCAAUUGAGCCAGGAACGUCGGUCCUGGUGCGACGACACCACCGGGAUUCGCUUGAGCCGCGCUGGGAGGGACCGUUCACCGUGGUGCUCAGCACUCCCACCUCCGUCAAGGUAGCAGGAAAGACUGCGUGGAUCCACCACACACAAGUCAAGCCACUAGAAGCUACAGACGACGAAAAGGGUCCCCGAUGGACAGUACAACGGACUGGUAACCCAUUAAAGUUAAAGUUUGUAAAGGACUCUCAGCCAUAAAAUUAUGUCUGUACUAUGGUAUUUGGCUUGGUGCUCGAUUAUAAUUGUAAACCCCGGGAAUGGGGACUGGAUUGUUUCAGACGAGAAAACUAAAAGGGAACUAGGGAGAGCUAAAGGCACGAUAAAUCAAGUCACCAUUGACCUAUGUAUACUUUUCAAUGGGAUAAUAAUUAAUGAUGACAGCCCAACUGGCAGGGUAGGUGGGUCGGUCCACCGUAACCUCUGCUCGGGCCGUGGGCCUAAAGCUCUGCAAGUUAUGUUUCAACUCAAGCAGGCAUCCCUGUAUGUAUGUCCUAAAAACCAGCCUGACCCCAAUUAUAAUGUGUACUGUGCCUCCGAUCCAAAACAUCAAUAUUGUUAUUCGUGGUCAUGUGUCACAGGAGGCCUAGAUGGAUACUAUAACUCUGAAAAGUACCUCGCUGUCAAGUACAUAAGAAACAAAAACUGUUAUGGUGUUUAUACUUGUAACCCAGUCCAGCUGACCUUUCUAAAUCCAACGGAUUUUAGGUGGCUGGGGCAGGGACUUACUUACGCUGUUAAAAUUUAUAAAUCUGGACAUGAUCCUGGAAUUAGUAUCAAUAUCUUAUACAAGCCACCUAGAAAGCCUCCUGUAGUCAUUUACAGGAGAGGACGCCGCCCAGUGACAGACCCCACUCAGAAGGCACCCAUUAAUUUCCCACUCAGUCGACCCCGGAGGCACACUCCAACGACUAAAGUGACUGAGGCCACAUGCAACGGGAGCAUUUACCACACAGACCAGCCCCAGAUAAAGCUGUGUAAAUGGAGGGGGGAAGGGGGCAUCCCAUACUGGAUAGAGAUUAGAGUGCCUAGCCUCGAUCCAACCUCGAUGCAACCUUCAACAAGGGCUACAAAAACUGGUUUGAGAAGGUCUAGACGGGCACAGACUGAGCCCAAAGCCUCCGCCCCACCUUCAAUGAUAGCGGAAAUAUUCCAACCUUUGGAAGUAGCAGCUGAGCUACUUAACAGUUCCCUUGAUAGCGAUUUAAAAAUCCCAUGCUGGCUGUGCAUGUCCCCAGAGCCCCCCUUCUAUGAGGGCUACAUCACGGUCACUGAUAAACUAGCCUCCGAUCCCUCUAGAUGCAAAA